ACAAUCACAAUCAGCAGCCAUCAAUAAAUGCUGCCUGUCAGCUGGGCUCUCACACACGUGGGCACAGCAGUAGCUGCAGGGCAGGAAGGCUACUGUUGGUCGGACCUUUAGCUCACACUAGGCAUGGCUCGUGGAAUUCAUUUGGGGUUUUUGCUGAUUUGUUUAAUUCAAGCAGAGCAUGUACGCUGUUCGUGGGCGACAGAAAGUCAGAGCUCCCCGAGACAAUACGGCAACACAUAUGCUGGCUCGUCACAAAUGAACCGUGGGCUUUCUAGACUUCAUGACAACGAUCCCCAGAAUAAAUUCAGACAGGCCUCCAUUUCUCCGCGCUCGGCCCAGAGCAGUAGCUUCAACCCGACGCCUGUUCUCGGCAGCGCUUACGAUCAAGGAUAUUCUAAGACCAACCAAAUGCAAACUGUGUCACAGCCACCGCGUGGUGGUCAUUCAGUCAGAUACCUCCAGAGCAGCACGCUGUUUAAACACAACGGGGCAACUGCUGCCCCAACUGAGGUUAAGUUGAGCCCAAAGGUGCACAAGAAACCGUUUCCAGGCCUCUCCACUGGCGUCGCUAGUGCAAGUUCAGUGGCCAAGUACAAUUCAAACCAGGACAGUUUCGUUCACGUCAGGCCCAGGAAUCAGCAGCAGGGUACUCGGCGUAGCGGUCAGUAUCCGUCCAGCAGCGCUGCAUCUGUUCGAAGUCCUUCCAGGGAAGUGUCGGCCUCCCACCAGUCUGCUGCACUGAGGCCUCCCACUACUGCCGCCACCAGGACUCUGCCCACCCGCGUGCGCGGCAGCCAGGUCCCAUCUGCACCGUCGUCCAAGUUCUUCAGGGGGACCUCCGCCACGGUCCGAGCACGCCGAGUGUCCUCGCCCGGCACCUCUGCGUCCAAACCCUCCCGCUUCUCCCCUGCACAGAAUGGCAGAUCCAGGAAUGAGCCCAGCCAGAGGUACAGGAGCAGCUUCUUUCCUGUGGUCGAAGGAGCUGCCAAAGGAAGCUACAAACGCACUCCAGGUGCAGCCUAUCCCCAGACGCCUGCGUUUGGGCCUAGAAGUUUCCAAGAACCAACGACCCAGAGUUUCUACCAGCGACCCAGUCAUGCAGCUGCUCCACAGAACCAGAACCAGUGGAACAACAGGCCACGGCAGAGUGGGGGAAGCUCUUUGACGGGACGAGUGCCGACAAAAAUCCUCAGCAUCCCUCAGAGCUUUGGUGGCUCUCCUAUCAGGCGUCUGAAAAAAACAGCCGAGCCGAAGGUAGCUGGUGUCCAGAAACCACAGCAGAAGCAGACGGAGCCUUCACAGCAGACCGCACCGUACAACCCACAGGGUCGAGGCGUUCCUAAGAGGAGCAGAUGGGUGAAAGUCAGAGUUGGCUAGAAAGAUGCAGCAGAAUGAUCUGAAUGUGACGCAGUGUAAAAUAAAUUAUUUAUUUAAAUCGGA